CCGCCCCUGCGGCCCGCAGUUUCUACCAUCCCCCACACCGGACUUGGGCGGGGAGCGAGCGCGCCUGGUCUAGGAGGAUGCAGCGCCCACUGUGGCCUGGGGGAUCCGAGGGGCUCCGGUUGUGUCUCUGCUUCCUGCUGCUGAUCAGCCGUCCAGGGGGCUGCAGCGACAUUAGUGGCCACGAGGGUCAGGGCCAAGUGGGGUUCGGGCAGCUCUGGCCCCUCCAAGGAUUUACCAGCCCAUUCUUCCGGCAUUUGCGAGUUGUACUCCAGCAGAUUGUGCCUCAAGGUUUGUUCUGGAAAGAUGACAUCACUCAGAACAUGAUGACCCAGGAGAUGGAGCACAUCAGCCGACCCCACCCCCAAGAUCCAUGUCUGAGGGAUGGGCAGGCAGCCUUUACCACCAAAAACACUGGAGUGAGGAGCAAGCAUGAGGGGAAACUCCGACUCCUGUUCCCCAAGAGCCCAGUGUCCAAGGUGAACAGGGAUCAGUGCUCUAGCUCCAAAGUGGUUUCAAAUGCCCUGAAACGGGAGGUGGCCAAGCCUGUCAAGGUGAGGGGCUCAAUUUUCCUGAGGUUGCGAUCACGCUUAAAUGAGGGAGGCAGCCUGCACCUUGGGGGGCUUCUAGCCCCUGUGCUCCCCAAGGAAGCUGGUCCUCACCCCCAUGAGGAUUUCUUUAAGCCUCCCUCCAUGGCGGGCCGCAACCUUGUAGCUGACUGAGACAUUGUGCAAAGCCUCUCUGUCCUAGUACCCUCCCCUUGCCCUCCAGAGAGGCUGUUCCAGCAUGACCCAAAUCUGAAUCAUUAAAGUGGACAUCCGUGUAGACACUU